CCUGAGUAUCCCUGGUCCAGGAUACAUGUCGAUUUCGCAGGCCCAAUUAAUGGAAUCACCUAUCUAGUCGUUGUUGACGCCUUUUCGAAAUGGCCAGAAAUCGUUCCCGUCAUGCCACCAACGACAACCCAAACGAUGCAACUGUUGACAGAGAUGUUCUCUCGCAAUGGGUUACCGGAUAUAAUCGUUUCCGACAACGGUUCGCAAUUCACCUCAAGCCAAUUUCAAGAAUUUUGCAAACGCCUAUCGAUCAAGCAUUUCCGCUCUCCACCUUACCACCCACAGUCAAAUGGACAAGCAGAAAGAUUUGUGGAUGCAUUCAAGAGAGCUCUAAUGAAGUCGAAAGGGGAGGGGACGCCAGUAGAAACACUGCAGAAUUUCUUGUUUGUUAACCGAACAACACCUAGUGAUAUGCUACCACAGCAGAAGUCCCCGGCAGAGAUCCUGAUGGGAAGGAAAUUGGGGACGGUCCACAGUCUCAUGUGCCCAAGAAACGCACCACCACCAUCUCAG